AUGAAAUUCAGUUUGUCGUCAAAUGUAAAACUCUGUGAAGCUUAUGAAGCUUAUUUUAAUCUUCCCAUUCGAAGUCAAGAUAAAAUAUGGGCACCUAAAUUCUCAUGUAGUUACUGCAAAAACACAUUAGAAGCUUGGUAUCGAGGAGAAAAAAAAAGUAUGAAGUUUGCAGUACCAAGAAUAUGGAGGGAGCCCACUAAUCACAUCAGUGAUUGCUACUUUUGUCUUGUCAAUCCACGUAAGCGUCGGGCUGGCAAAAAUGCCAAAAAGAUUCAGUACCCAGAAUUGCCAUCAACAACCGCUCCGGUACCCCACAGUGAACAUUUUCCUGUGCCUUCUCGUUCCAAUUUGAAGGAAGAGCUCCCGCUAUCACAAGAUUGUAGUAGUAGCGAAGGCAGCGAAUUCUUAAUCAAAUCAGUAUCAAACGAAAUCCUGCAUCUCAAAAAAAGAAGUGCCAAAGUACAAUGUAAAACAGAUGCCCAACCGCACAUGAUUUCAAUCGCAAACUUCACCCACACAUCAAAUCACACAAUCCAAUACAACACACACACAUACAAAAAUGCGACACACACACGCGAAUCGGAUAACUUGUUCGAGAGAUAUGAGAACAGCACCUACAAUGGUUCUAUCAGCAAUACCACAUUUGACGGCAAUUUUACUGAAUACGCUGAAAUACCGUAUUAUAUAAAGGCCACCUCUAUGACUUUCUGUAUAGUUAUAAUGUGUUUGGGUGUGAUAGGUAAUGUUAUGGUGCCGAUAGUAAUACUGAAGACGAAAGAUAUGAGGAAUUCUACGAACAUUUUCUUGGUGAAUUUAAGUAUAGCUGAUCUAAUGGUGUUAUUGGUUUGUACGCCAACCGUGCUUGUGGAGGUCAACUCGAAACCGGAGACUUGGGUGCUUGGAAAGGAAUUGUAUGCAGGCGUCAUAAAGAUGUUGAAGUUGUGGCUCGGGCUCGCGCUAACGGCUGACUCAUCGGCUUUAUUCAGGGAUCGUAAUAGUUUUGGGAUGAAUCUAAAAAGACCAUCGGAGCUCUACAAACACCUAAGAGUUUCCAAGAGACAUAUCCUGGGAAAAUCCCAUGAUGACGUCGUUACAUCACUCCCAAAAGACAAUGAUGCCCCAGAGCUAGAGUCACGACUUCAAUUCCAUAAACAAUUUAUGAUCGGAGCGCAAAAUAACAGAGUAGGGUUAGGAUCAAGUAGGAAAGUCCAAGAUACGGAUAUAUUGAAGUCUUUUAUUCGGCAAGACGAGAACGAUAAAUACAAGAUCCAUGCAAUGAGUUUAGAAAUGCAGAACGAGUGGUUAGACAUAGGAGAUUUUUGCAUUCCACUAGCACUAAAAUGGCGCACCCUAAUUCAUGACUGGUCGCCAGCCUUGCUAAAAUUUUAUCUCAAUGCGUUCCAGAUGACUCUCCCAGAUCAGAGUAAUUUAGUAAGAUGGGGUAAAGGUACCGAAAAAACUUGCUAUAUCUGCGGAAAGGCAGUUGGAACUGCCAAGCAUUUGCUGGUGGGAUGUAGGGUUCUCCUGGACAGCGGUCAAUACUCGCGUCGUCACGAUAGGGUUUUAGAGAUCAUACGUUUUGUGAGAGAGGGCACCAGGGCUAUAAAAUCAAACGUCAAGCCUUACUCUAUCCUUAAAGCGGCUUCGGAUUGGACUAUCAUGAUGGAUACGUAUGAGAAACAAUACAAAAUCCCCGAGGAUAUUUGUGCGUCGGCCUCCAGACCAGACAUAUUUCUAUAUUCGCGUAUUUUAAAGCGCGUUGUGAUGAUAGAGCUUACGGUGCCUUGGGAAACCAACAUCCCCAAAGACCAUGCCAUCAAGGUCAAUAAGUAUUACGAGCUCACUAACGAACUAACUCGAAAUAGGUUCGUCGUUGAUUUGUACGCGGUAGAGGUGGGAGCGAGAGGUAUAACAGCUAAAUCUCUCUAUAACCUACUAAAAGACUUGGGCCUGUCCAGAACUAACAUUAAUUCAUUCUUAGAACGUACGUCGAAGGCAGCCCUAGUAGGUUCUUUUCAAAUUUGGUUAGGUAGGGAGAGGAACUUGGACAGUGGAGGUCUGGCCGUACCAUUCGUGGAGCUCACAGUUGCCCACGCUUCAGUGCUCACGAUUCUAGCCAUCAGCUUCGAGAGAUACUACGCUAUCUGUGAACCUCUGCGAGCGGGCUACGUGUGCACAAAAACUAGGGCUACCCUCAUAUGCGCAUUAGCCUGGUUCUUUGCUGCUUUAUUUACUAGUCCGAUCCUGGCGAUAGCGGAGAUUCAAACGGUGACGAGACAAGAUGGCACUUUCCAGCAAUGUCUGACCCAAGCCGUCACUUUCUGGCAGAUCACGUUCUUCAUGACAGUCAUCAUCUUAUUAUAUCUCCUACCUUUAUUUAUUCUUGUAGUUCUAUACACUGUGAUCGCUAAAAACUUAAUAACAGCUGCAUCUAAAGUUGUGUUAAAUAAAACUGUAGAUCCGUACAAUGUGAGAGCUAGAAAACAAGUCAUUCUGAUGCUUGGUACUGUAGUUCUAUGCUUCUUUCUAUGUCUCAUGCCUUAUAGAGUACUCGCUCUCUGGAUUAUUAUAACUCCGUCUGAACUAUCAGACAAUGUUAGUCCAGAGAAAUGGACACAGAAUAGACGAGUCCAGAGAACUGUUACAAAUGGAUCUACAACAAGCAGUAGUCUUACAAGGACUACGAAUAGCUUGAAGAAAUUAUUUACACAUAGAAGUAGCUUAGACAAAAGUGAGGUAGAAUCAAAUAGUAGAGUAACCAAAGACGAAGAUUCAAACAAAUCCAAUGGAUUCUUCGAAAAGAUGUUGACAAGCAAAAGAUUUAUAAGACAACAAUCGGCUCCGGUGUGCUCGAAUCCGAAAACUAAAGUAAUAAAUAGAAUGAGGAGUGAAGGGAGUAUGCUUGAAAUAUCAGAUGCUUUGGGAAUCAAUAAAAACAAUGGAAGUGGGAGCGAUACUACGAAAUUUAUUAGACAUUCCACUAUAAGUAAAGAUAGAUCAGAUAUUGAAUUAGAGUCUAAUCGGAACCACGGAUCGCUUAGGCGAAGUGUUUUAAUAAAUAGCGCAAAAGCAAAAAGCUUGGAUGACCCGAAUAAGAACCCCAUCCUGGGAGUAGCUACAUUCACCCACGAAAGAUACCACGAUGGCACCGAGGUCCCCGUCUGCCUAACACAGGCUGACACAUUCUGGUCAGCACUAUUCUUCAUCCUCAUCAUCGCUAUCUUCUUCAUCAUCCCUCUAGGAGUACUUCUAGUUCUGUACAGCAUCAUCGCCAAGAACCUCAUGGAAAAUCCCAUCAUCAUAUCCCAACAGGGCAAAAACGCUAACAACGCUGGCAAUGUGUUAAGAUAUCGGAAACAGAACACAUCUGACUCAUUCUGGCGGAGAUAUAGCAACAGGGCGUCGUCUCAAAAACAUUUUAUCAAUAGAGAUAGUAAAAAACUAAACGAAGUCAAAGAGAUAUUUGAUACAAAAGUUCAACAAGUCAAAGUCGGUGAGAUUAUUAACGUUGAGAAUACAAGGCGUAAUAGUAUGAAAAUUAUAGCAGCUAUGAACGAAUUAAACGAUAAUUUGGGUGAAAUUAUCAAAGCAGAUAGCUUGAAGAGUGACAAAGACGAAAGCCCGAAUACAGUGAAUGUUGAUGUUCACAACGAGAAUGAACUCGCUGUAGAGAAAAAUAAACAGUUACAGAUUUUAAAUCUAGAUUUUAAGACUAAUAAUAUACAAUCAGUGACGUUAGACGUCAAUGAAAAGUGUGAUAGGAACAGGUUCGUGUGUGUCCCGGCUCAGGAGAGCAGAAAUAUAUUUGUAUACGACUUUAAAAACAACGAGAGUUUCGUUUAA